CUUUCCUCCAGCUUUGCCCCAAGUGCGGUUACCGCAAGCAAUGGGAGAGCCAGCCCACUGUUGGUAGUACGCCCGUCGGAAACCUUCAGUUAUCUGCAGCCACGUAUUUUACCGGAGCAUCAUUCAUCCAAGUGAAAAAGGACAUUCAGCCAAAUAUGGGAGUUACACGUUGAUGCACACAGAGAGCGGCACUAUUUUGGACAUUCAACUUGUUCAGAGUAAUGAAGUCGGCGGUAGAUACCAUAUGGAGAAAGAGGGCCUAAAGAGAGGUCUUGAUCAUCUAGAGUCGAGUGGCUUAACAGUCGGCUACAUCGUGACUGACCGUCACACUCAGAUACGGAAAUAUUUAAGAGAACGCAGCAUUAAUCAGUUUUAUGAUGUGUGGCGUUUUGAGAAAGAUCUGUCAAAGAAGCUUGAGCAACUAUCAAAAAACAAGGAGUGUGUAGUUUUGAAGAAGUGGCUUCGUAGCAUAAGGAACCAUGUCUACUGGAGUGCUUCAACUUCUACGACAGGACCAGAGAAGGUGGCUAAGUGGACAUCCAUUGUGAAUCACAUUCAGAAUGUGCAUGUACACGACAGCCCCAUCUUCCCAAAGUGUGCCCAUCCAGACCGUGUGUCCAAGAAUGCUGCGAAAUGGUUUAAUCCAGCAUCGCUGGAACUCCACAGAGUUGAGAAGGUUCUCUGCAACAAGAGGGUUCUCAAAGAUGUGGCAAAGUUAAGUCACCACUUUCAGACAUCACCGCUGGAGGCUUUCCACAGCUUGAUACUGAAGUUUACACCCAAAAAUGUAGUGUUUCCUUUCAUGGGAAUAUUGUGCAGAUUGCUCCUUGCAGUUCUACACCAUAACGAGAACAUCAGUCGAGAACAAGCAACAGGGAAACCAGUGUUCAAAGUGGUGUUCCCCAAGUCUAAGAAGGGAGAACCCAUUGCAAGGCCAUUGAAAACCAAGCCUACAUACAAUUACGUUGAUGACCUAAUGAGGCUCGUCUUCGAGGAGGUUAUAGUAGACCCUGCACCUUUUGUUGAGGAGCUACAGGCAAUUCCUGUUCCCAUGGCCAUUUCUGCCGAGUUCGAGAGACCCUCGAAAGAAGGAAACAAUUGCUCGCCAUGUAUCCCGGUUCAGUCGAGAGGUAUCCGACAGCCGACAUAGCGACCAGCCAGAUCUGGAAACUCCUGGCGUAUCCGGGAUACAACACGGGAAGGAAUGACCACUCUGAAGCCCCAGCUCCAGCUAACAAAGCUCCGAUAUCCCAAAUGUCGGAAUUGCCAAUUUUUCAAAAAGAAGACAUUCUUACUAAAUUUC